GGGAGCAGGUACCAGAAUUUGACAGGUACCCGCUCCCACUUCUGCUGCGAUUGCCUAGGUGAUCAGAAGCGGAAGUUGUCCUCCCCCUUCCCUCCCCGUAGUCUUCUGGGACAUGUGACAGGUCCCAGAAGACUAUAGGGCCAUUCACAAAGCGCAGCGCUUCUUGCGCAUGUGUAGUGGGCACCCGGCUGUGAAGCUGCAAGCUGUCACAGCCGGGUGCCCACACUAAAGAAUCCGGAGCCAGGGAGAGAAGAGAGCCGGUGAAACCAGCCAUGGUGAGGACACCGCUG